AGGUCUUUUAAUUUUGUUAAGGAUCAUCUUUCUCUUUUUCACUUCCCCAUACAAGGCUUAAAGAUAUGACAAUUGUCAAAAGGGGAAUGUUAUUUCUUUUCAUAGUAUAGUUUUAUUUGUUAGGGUAAUGAUGCUUUUUCAACUUGUCCAAUUUGACGUAAAACAACUCAAUUUGAGCUAGUUCGUUGUUUCUUUGAAGAAAGUUUCUAAUUUUUAAAAGGAAAUACUUCCUAUGUGUGACAUAAGUAAUUUUUGCAAUAUCUUUCAAGUCCUUCUGACUAACGCUUGCUUGUUAAGAGUUUAUUUUUGAAACGGUGCUCACAGUCAAUCUGUAUGCAACUGUUACGCGUUACUUCGACUAUGUCUUACCAAGGAUCACCAUAUUCGGGGCCAGGGGAUGAAUACGAUUUCGAAGAUGACGGGUACGAUGACUUGUACGAAUAUAGGGAUCCGGAGGACACGCAAUCGCAGCAUCCAGCGGACGAUAGUGAUGAAGACACAGAAGAAGCCAGUGAAACUGACAUACCAAAUAAUGAUGAACCAGUCGAAAUUAAGGAACAGAUGUACCAAGAUAAGCUCGUGAACCUCAAAAAGCAGCUCCAACAGCUAGAAGACAACAUCCACCCUGAACUCCUGAGGCGGGUGAAACGACUGGAGCAUCAACUCCACGAACGUCUGAGACUUAACAGAAUAUACAAAGACCACAUGUAUGACGUAGUGGAGAGGGAGUACAUAGCAGAGAAGAAGGCAGCAGCAAAAGAGUUUGACGAGAAAAAGAUAGAGUUGAAGGAAAAUCUGCUGCAUGACUUUGAAGAGAAAAGGAAAUUGAUAGAAGGAGAAAGGAACAGCAUGGAACUGAACGGAGAUUCCAUUGAGGUUAAACCUCCGAUGAAGCGUAUUCUACGCCGGCGAGCCAACGAGCCGGCCCCAGCGCCCGAAAAGCGUCGCAAGCCCCUAGCUACCACGCUGACCUUCCAACUGGACGAGCGGGACAUCGACGCGGACCUGAGGGCGAUAGCUCGGACCUCGCCGCCCAGACACACGCAACCAAGAAAACAUCUCAACUCGAAUAACUGCGAGUCCCCAGUGCGCGAGGGCGGCGAGUGCGACACGCGUGUAGAGGACGGUAAACUGGUGUACGAACGAAGGUGGUACCACCGCGGACAGAGCGUGUACGUCGAGGGCCGGGACAUGCCGCGCUUCCCCGCUUACAUACACGCCAUCACUGACGACGCGAUAUGGGUCAAGAAGCCGAAUUUAGAGAGAGUCAGAAUAUAUGUAUCACAGCUGGCGCGAGGCAAGGUCACUCUGAAGAGAAGGGCGUCGUAAUACGGAGUACUGGGUACACAGUAUGAAAUAGAUGUAGAAAUAUGCAUUUUUUAUUAUUAAAAAGUGCCAAGAUUGUUAUAAUAGAUGUGUGUGGAGGACAGAGGCUUUAAAAUUAUUAUAUAUAUAUACACAUACAUGUAAUAUUAACAUUGAUAUAAGUCAAUGAGCAUAUAAUUGUAAAACUGAGAAUAUUGUUCACUUGUCCCCUACAUGACUCUGUAUAUAACAAUAUAUCACACCAUCCCACAACAGGGAUGAUUAAAUUUUAAUGUGUCCUACAGUCUGUUCUAAGACACUACGGGGUGAAUGUGAUACAUGUGGCUGGUUAUACUCAUAGGAACUUAAUACAUUUGGUUUGAACAAUGAAUUAUUGCAAUAUUUAUACAAUAACAGCACAUACCGCGUCUUCGCUCUGCACAUUUGUGUUUACUCAAUACUAAAAAAGCUAAAAUGAUGUAUUAGCUAUAUACGAAAUGAAAUACUAUAUAACUUUAUGCAAUAAUAUUUACAAGAUAGGUAACAAUUAUAUUUAUAUAAGAAAAUUAUUUACUUUGUAUUGUCUUCCGAAGUAAAUGUCUGUGUAUAUAUCAGUUUAUUACGAAAUAAAUUUAUUGUGAAGAAAUAUUUAAUGAUUGGACUUAAUUAUUGCUGAUUUUGUAAACAGAGCUCUAAAAUUUUUUUUAUUUCAAAUUACCAAACUAACUACUGCAUAUGUUGCCAUAUUAAAAAAUCCAACUGUCAAUCUUACUGAGAUGUAUAAUUCCUUUAUUUUUUGUUGUAAAAUGUUUAAAAUGAAAGCCUUGUAACAUACCAUAUAUCUAUAUGAAGUCGAUGUGUCUCUACCCCGCCAUGUAUUGUGAUGUACAUAUUGUAAAUACUGUAAAAUAAUAAUCGGAUGUAUGUAAGUGGACUGGUUUUAGAGCGAAUCUUUACAUUUGAUUUCCUUUUAUUUUUUUUUGUCAUUAUGUAUGAAUUGUGAACUGUAAAUAAUAUGAUGUGAUUGUUUUGCAAUCGUAAAGGAUAUUUGAAAAAGUGAUCUUUUAAUUAUAUGUGUUAUUAUAAUAA